UAGAUUUAGUUUUAUUAAGAUUUAAUAAAAAAAUUUUAUAAUAUAUUAUAAAUUAUGAACAUACCAAUAUUUUUUUAAAUGAUUAAAAUUAAACUUAUAAAUCUGUGAUAUAAUAUAUUAACUGUUCUUUUCUGUUAUGUAAUGCCAGUAAGCAACAAUAGAAUAACGCGGACAAAAACAGUAGAUUUUGAUAUAAAAGGAAUUAAGGGAGAAGCAAUAAAAACUCAUACUAAAUAUCAACAAAAUAAUAAUUUUUUGACAAUUGUUCCUGCUUUACCCAUUUUACCUGGAGCUCUUGUACCAUCAAAGUUAUUUAAGCGUCGUUAUAAUUCAUUUAGUCCAACAGAUUCUCCAUUUAAUAUAGAAUAUGACAAAGUUGAUGGUUCUAAUUCAGUUAAUUUACAAUGGACAAGCGAAGGAAAAACUGUCAUGGCAACAAGAACAGCUUCAGAAAAAGAGAAGAAUCCUGACAGAAUAUGUCUUGAUAGAAGAGGACUUACUUCUUUUCCAAAAAUAAUUGGAGAAUCACGUUUACGUUUAUUGUCUCUUCAACAUAAUCUUCUUACAAAGAUUGAAAACUGUAAUUUUUUACAAUUAACAAAAUUAGUAUUUCUUGAUUUAUAUGAUAAUCAAAUUGAAAGGAUAUGUAAUUUUGAAAUAUUAGAAAAUUUAAGAGUAUUAUUGAUUGGAAAAAAUAGAAUAAAAAGAAUCGAAGGAUUAAAUCAUCUUUCUAAAUUGGAAGUUUUAGAUCUUCAUGGGAAUCAAAUUGUACAAAUUUCAGAUUUAAGUAAUCUUAUAUCUUUAAAAGUAUUAAAUUUAGCUGGAAAUAAUAUUAAAAUAAUAGGACAUAAUGAUUUUCAAGGUUUAACAUCAUUAAAAGAAUUAAACCUUAGACGUAAUAAAAUUAAGAAGUUAUUAGGUUUUGAUGAAACACGACAACUACAAAAAUUAUAUUUAAGUAAUAAUGAUAUAUAUAAAAUUGAAGAUAUAGGAAGUCUUGCUAAAGCAUUACAACUUAGAGAAAUAACAAUUGAUGGAAAUCCCAUAACCCUAAAUGGAGAUUAUGUUUCUUUUCUUGUGUCAUAUUUACCAAAUUUACAAUCUUUAUCAACAAUGCAAAUUACUGAACAAAUUCGAAAAACUGCUAUGGCAUGGAGAACAGCAAAAGAACAAAAUAAUUCUACUUUUUUAAAUCUUAGUGCACAAGUUUGUAUGAAUGCUCGACGAGAAGAAAUUAUAUCGAAUGCUAAAAUAAAUUGGGAACUCCUCAGAUCUCAUUCUAAAUCCUUGAUAGAUGAUCAUAAUAAAAAUAAUAGUCGAAGCAAUAAUAUUAAUGCAGUACAAAUUCAAAAAUCGGAUAAAUUCAAUAUAUUAAAGGAAAAUUUAGGGAAAAUAAAAUCGAAAGGUUUUGGGAGUUUAACAUCAAUAAAUGAAAAUGUAGAAACAACAAAAAUAAAUAUAAAAAAAAGAAGUAAUUCUAAUGAUAAUUUAUUUAGAUUAAAAGAUACGACUAAAGCAUAUCAAUUAGAAUUUAAACUUCCACCAAUUUUAGAUUCUAUUAUAAAUAGUUUAAUAAAUAAUAAAUUUGAAAAAAUAAAAAAAAAUCUAACAGAAACAAAAACUAAAAAUAACAUUGAAAGUUUAACAAAUAAUGAUUCAGAAAUUUUAGAAAGUUCUGAAAACAUACAAAGUUGUUUAAAUUCUCAUUUAAAAUUAAAUUUGUUAAACUCUAACAAUUAUAUUUCUCGUAAUAUUAAUAAAAUUACAAAUAAAACAUUUGAAUCUAUGAAUGUUUUUCCAUCAAACAUUGUUGAUGAGCAAGAGAAUAAGUAUUAUGAUAUAUUUAAUUCUUCUAAGUUAUCAACAAAUAACAAACAAAAUUUAACAAAAAUAUCUCAAAAUAUAAAGAUUCAUGAUCAACAUGGAUUAAAUGAUUACCAAUCAAAAUCAAGUAUUGAUUCUUCUGGAUAUGGUUCUUUAAGUUCUAAAACUAAUAGUAUUGAUAGUUGCAAAUCAGUGCUAAGUGAUUGUAGCAUAUCAUCCACUAUUAAAAAUAUAAAUAUAGAAAAAAAUAAAAACAAAGAUAAAAGAAUUGCACAAGCAAAAAAAGUAGUAUGUUAUAAGAAUAAUAAAAUAGCAAUUACUAGAGCUAAAAAAAAAAUUGAAACACUACCAACUCCAUUACAAAAUUUAUCAAAAGAAAGAGAACAAGGAGGAGACUAUUUAAUAGAAAUAGUUGGACGUUGCUUAAAUAUUUAUGGUCAAGGUGCAUUACGUUUCAUCGAUCGAUUAUGGGAUUCUUCAAAAGCUGAAGACGUUAAUAUAGUUAAAUUUAAUUAUGUACAGUUUAAUGAUGUGGCCAAAAUGUUAUAUAAAAUAAAAAAUAGAUUUCCAAAUUUAGAACACUUUAUGUUUAAAGAAACGAAUAUCAGUUAUCUUGGACAACUUAAUGCUUUAGCUGAAGUUCAGGGAUUAACAAGUAUUCAUAUAGAAACUGGAAAUCCAAUUAUAUCAAAAAAUUGGAAAGUUUAUGCUAUAUUUCGUUUAGCUCAUUGGGGUUUGAAAGUUAUUAAUGGAAGAGAAAUUACAAAUGAAGAAAUUGACUUGGCAAACAAAGAAUAUGCUGGUCUCAUUGAUAUUGUGAUGUGUUCACUGCCCGAAUAUUUAUUACAACCUUUAUUACAAAGACUUCAUUUAGAUAAAGUGCAAAAACAAAUUGGAGAAAUUACUGCCAAACAAUUUUUACUUAACAGUGAUCCAGCUCUUAGAAAUGUUGUUGCUAAAGAAGCAUUGCAAUGGAGAAAAGGAAAUAUAACACAGGAAGAUCUUAUUUGGAGACAUAAGGGAAAAAAAUAUUUAUUAAAUUUAAUAAAUCUUACUGUAGAUGCAAUACAAAAGUUACAAUUACUUGAAAAUAAAUGGCCAAGUAUUUUAUAUGAAAUAAUUCAUACUACUCUAUUUGAUUUUUCUGAGAUGGAUGCAUAUAUGAAACGUUGCAGCAAAACACUUCAAUAUGAUAAAUAACAAAUAUUUAUAUAUAAUUAUAGACAUACAUUAUUGUAUAAUAUACAUAAUAUAAGAAAGAAGAUUGAUAAAAUUGA